AUGGCAGGAUCAAGCUCGUCCGGAAGGUUACCUCAACCCGAGGUCAUAAUGGAUUUCGCAGACGGUGGUACAUACAUCAAAGAUAAACUGGAGAGUGCAGUGUUACAAUUAGAAAAGAGAAGGUUGAUGAAAGAAGAAGGAACAAAAGCUCAACGGGCGAUGGAAGCUUUGGAGGUGAAACCUGUUAUAGAGGUCAAAUCUGAGGAUGUGGAUCUUGCCGUCUCACAAAUCGGUUGCACGAAGGAUCAAGCGGAGACAGCGCUCAGAGCCGAGAAUGGUGAUUUGGUCAAAGCGUUGAUACGACUGAUCACUCCUCAACGGACAGGAUCGUAUGCCAACGGGACUGCUUGA